AAGAUUAUGGCCAUCACAUGUUCGCAUACAAACAAUCGACACACCAAUUCGAAAAAAUUCUUGUCUAAAUUUUCAUUUUACUAAAAAUCAUGGAAUUAUCAUUUCGUGAUUUUUGUGAUUUUUGUGGCGGUCUAUUAUGUUAUUCAUCAUCGAAAUUUUUUUCUAAAGAUCCAUUUUGUCCAUCAAAUAUAGACCUAAGCUGUUAUCAAUGUAAUUCAUCAUUUAAAAAAGGUAUCACUUCAUUAUCAUUUGUUCCAUUAAGACAAAUAUUGAAAGCGGAAAUCAUCAAGGAUAGUGAUCAAUGGGCAUCGGCAUCUAUUGCUGAAGAAAAAUGUCCCAAAUGUACACAUAAUCGUGCAUAUUAUCUUCAAAUGCAAACACGUUCAGCUGAUGAACCAAUGACAACGUAUUAUCGUUGUGAAAAAUGUGCUCAUAAUUGGAAAGAUUAAAUAUGGCAAAUUUAUCACCUUGAAUAUUUAACAAUUCAACCAAAUCCUUCAAUUUAUAAUAAU